AUGCAACCCGACGCACAAAAUGCGACCACGACUCCAAGAGGCCCUCUGGAGUGGGGCCAGAUCAACUUCCUACAUACCACCGACACUCAUGGCUGGCUUGAGGGGCAUAUCAAGGAACAAAACUACGGCGCCGACUGGGGCGACUACGUCAGCUUCACAAAACAUAUGAGGCAGAAAGCUCGCAAACUUGGCGUUGACCUGCUUCUAGUUGACACAGGGGACUUGCACGAUGGCGCCGGGCUUAGCGAUGCGACGACACCCAACGGCAAGGUCUCGAAUGUGAUCUUUGAAAAUGUCGACUAUGAUAUAUUGACUAUCGGCAAUCACGAGCUUUACGUCACUGAGAUUGCCUACGAGACUUUCAGCGGCUUUGCAAAAGCAUAUGGUGACAGAUAUCUUACUAGCAAUGUUCAAAUCGUCAACCCAGCCACCGGUCAGUUUGAGUACAUCGGGGCUCAAUAUCGUUAUUUCACUACUGAACAGGGUCUUCGCAUCAUGGCUUUUGGCGUUCUUUUUGACUUUACUGGCAACAGCAAUGUUUCCAGGGUCAUUAAAGCUAAGGAUAUGGUCAAAGAGAAAUGGUUCCAGCAAGCUGUUAACUUCACCAAGCCAAUUGAUCUGUUUGUUGUCGCUGGUCACAACCCUGUACGAACCAACGUCUCCAGUAGCACUAUGGGGACUGUGUUCAAGGCCAUUCGAAGUAUCAAGAAAGAUGUGCCAAUUCAAUUCUUUGGAGGCCACACUCACAUUCGCGACUUUAUAGUCUAUGACGAGAAGGCUACUGGCAUUGAGUCUGGCCGUUACUGCGAGACUCUAGGGUGGCUUGCAAUGUCUAGUAUCAAAUCGUCCACUUGCAAAGCACCAAACAACCCCAAAGGUGUACCAAACCCAUCUCGCGUAGCAUUGUCGCAGGUCACCAUUGACAAGUCUACUUUCAAAACUCCAGUCCGCUAUGCACGGAGGUACCUUGAUUGGAACCGGAACACUUUUGCAUACCAUGCCGAGGGAAGCCAGCCGUACACUUCAUUCAGCACUCCUGAAGGCCUCAAAGUCUCAUCAGAAAUCACUUCCGCUCGAACUAAGCUCAAUCUGACCAAUCUUUACGGUUGCGCACCGGAAACAUACUGUCAGUACUGUAAGCCGUUUUUGGCUGAAGGCAACAUCUUCAAGCUUCUCCAAACCGCGCUAGCUACGGCCGUUGUGAACAAGACACGAAAACAUAUCCCUCGAUUUAUCAUAAUUAAUACCGGUAGCGUCCGCUUCGACCUCGCUCAAGGCCCCUUCACGUACGACGACUCCUUCAUCGUUUCCCCAUUCAAAGAUGCUUUCCAAUACAUUCCAAAUGUGCCCUACAAACAGGCAUCGCAGGUUAUCGAUAUCCUCAAUGCUGGUCCCUUUCAAAAGAAGAAGCGAAACCUUGAGACAUCCGAUUUUAGUUUCAGUCCCGUCCUUGCAGACCGCGAUACAUGCAUCGACCCGCCCCUCACACACAACUACGAGGGACGUACGCGUCGCUCCAAGCAAGGCGGUCGGCUAAUCCGUCGCCAAUCUGCUUCACCCACACCCGGGUACACCACCCACGACGAUUUCGGCACCGAUGGAGACGACACCGUGCACUCACCCAUCCCCAACUACCCUCAGCCCAACGAUCUCCAAGCCAACGCCUCUUUCCCGCUCGACGGCUCCAUGCCACAGAACGUCGAUCUCGUUUUCCUGGAUUUCAUAGCUGAUUACAUUGUCAAUGCUCUCAAUCAGCCGCAAGUCGGUGGCAAGUUCUCGCUGGACCAGGUCGAGUAUUAUAUCGAUGAGACGUUCACGACGAAUAGCUAUUUACCUGCGUACGCGAAGAUUGCGUGGCAGAAGGAUGUGCCUAAUUGUCCUGUGGGCAAAGGGAUUGGGGCUUCGUAA